AUGACAGCUAUCACAGCUUUCUCCACAACUGAGAAAACCUCACAUAACUCCCAUAAGUUUCCGUUUACUUUAUCUCCUACCAACUUUGGUUUUUGGAAGACAAUGAUCCAACCGUUUCUCGUUACCAACAAUCUCUUUGGAUAUAUCGAUGCUACUAUUCCAUGUCCAGCUUCAACUUUACCGGUAACAGAAAAAGCUACCACCGCUGAUCCCCAACCAAACCCGUCUUAUGCUGCUUGGAUAGCCAAUGAUGCACACGUACGUAUGCUUCUUCUCACUACUAUCUCUGAAGCUUCCUAUCCCCAUGCACAAGGUAUAACAUCCAGGGAUCUAUGGCUUUCCUUACAACGAGUAUAUGCUCUUCAAUCAUCCUUUAGAGAGUAUACUCUCAAAACACAGCUUCUUAAACUCGAGACGAAGCUUGAUGAAACAGCCUCGGUUUAUCUCUUACGUGCUCAAGAGUAUUCUGAUGCAAUUUCCAACAUUGGUGAACCUAUUAAAGAAAAAGAUCUUGUUAUGCUUGUGAUUUCGGGACUCCGUGAAGAAUACAAUGGACUUAAGUCCAACCUUCUUGCUCGACAAACCCCCACCUCUUUCCAAGACCUUAACGACCUCCUUGCUGAUCAUGACUUCAUGAUCAGGAAAACCACCCCCAUCGUGGCCCAUGUUUAG